AUGAGCGACCUUGACCGGUAUUCCCUCCCUUCCCGCCCCUCUUACCCUCUUCCUCUCCCCUUAGGCCAGGAUGAGCUAACCUCCCGCUUUUCGUCGCGUAGGGCGAUCGCGCAAUUACGCGCUUGUCGUUUGAUACCCGAAGCCCAGGUCCGCGAACUCUGCUACAAGGCGCGCGAGCUCCUAAUCGAAGAAGGAAACGUAGUCUGCGUCGACGCGCCCGUCACAAUCUGCGGCGACAUCCAUGGCCAGUUCCAUGACUUGAUGGAACUGUUCCGCGUGGGCGGCGACGUCCCGGACACCAACUACCUAUUCAUGGGUGACUUCGUCGAUCGCGGAUUCUACUCCCUCGAAUCUUUCCUCCUCCUUCUCUGCCUCAAAGUCCGAUACCCCGACCGCAUCACCUUGAUACGUGGCAAUCACGAGUCGCGCCAAAUCACCACCGUCUACGGAUUCUACGAUGAGUGCAUCCGCAAAUACGGCAGCGCCAACGUCUGGCGAUACUGCUGCGAGGUCUUCGACUACCUUGCGCUCGGGGCCCUCGUCUUCCGCACGGGAGCCGUGCUCUGCGUGCACGGCGGCCUCUCCCCGGCCAUCGACACCGUUGACAAGAUCCGCCUGAUUGACCGAAAACAGGAAGUGCCCCACGAAGGCGCCAUGUGCGACCUGCUCUGGUCCGACCCCGACGAGAUCGACGGCUGGGGCCUCAGUCCCCGCGGCGCGGGGUUCCUCUUCGGCGGCGACAUCGUCAAACGCUUCAACUACCGAAACGACCUAUCACUGAUCGCGCGCGCGCAUCAACUCGUCAUGGAAGGGUACAAGGAGAUGUUCGACGGCGGGAUCGUAACGGUCUGGUCCGCACCUAACUACUGCUACCGGUGCGGCAACGUCGCCGCUAUCCUGGAACUAGGCGAAGAUACAAGCAACGGUGGCACCGCCGCGGCGCAGGAUACCAGAGGCAUGCCUGCUAAGAAGCCUGUUGCUGAUUAUUUCCUGUGA